CGCCAAGUGAAGAGGAUCAUCGAGUAUAUGUAGCGAUUUGGGACUUGGCAUUUUCAUGGACUGAGCUUAUAUUGCAGUAUUUUGGAGUAUAGUUAACUGAGGAAGAAUCUGAUAAUAAUGGCCGUUUCUGUGUUAGGCCUUGCACGGGAUAUGGACUGUGGAUAAGGAUUUCCAUUAGAGUGAAUAUUUAAUUACCCUCUGCUCCGUGCUGUUAGGUAGCCUACGCACCAAACCUAAGCACGAGUUCACCGAAGGUUAUCUUCGAUAUACUGCUCUUUGAUUGAAUUGCUGACCGACUCGUACAUACUGGUCAGUGGAGAAACAUUUACUAAACGUCAUCUCUCCUGAUAGCAUCGUUGGUAUAAACGGAAUCAUCAUGAGUAUUGUACCACCCCCUCCUCAGCCAAUCUUUGAAACGUUAACGAGUAAUAACAGCAGUAAGCCAGCUGAGGUUUUCAGGAAAGACUUGAUAAGUGCCAUGAAAUUACCUGAUUCAUACCAACUUCAACAAGAAGAAUAUUUUUUAAUUACCGAUCAAUGGAAACAAGAAUGGGAGAAGGGUGUUCAGGUUCCUGUCAAUGAUGGUGGAGAUUACCCACAACCAGCAGUUAGAACAGUACCACUCAGAUGGCAAGUUUCUGAAUUCAAACUACCCAAGAAGCUGUUAAAAUGGGAAACCAAUUGUGAUAACGAACAAAGUGUAUCUGUAUUGGAAUGUUUGGCUGAUAGUGUAUGUAGAUAUGAUUUGGAUGACGUUGACACCCAGUGGCUGAUAAAUGUCAAUCACAAACGAGAGGAGAUGGGUGACUGUAUGAUAGAUGAAUUAACUAUGGAGCGGAUCAUGGAGGAAUGUGAAAAGCAAUGUCAUGAUAAUAUGACACACGCCAUAUUAACCAAAGAAGGUCUUGGAAUCGAAUAUGAUGAAGAUGUCAUCUGUGAUGUGUGUAGAUCGCCUGAUUGUGAGGAAGGUAAUGAAAUGGUGUUCUGUGAUGCAUGUGAUAUCUGUGUACACCAAGCUUGCUAUGGUAUUGUUAAAAUUCCUGAAGGCAGUUGGAUGUGUAGAACUUGUGCAUUAGGUAUUCAACCUCAGUGUAUAUUGUGCCCUAAGAAGAAAGGUGCCAUGAAGAGUACAAGGAGUGGAACCAAAUGGGCACAUGUUAGUUGUUCUCUGUGGAUUCCUGAGGUUUCCAUUGGUUGUGUUGAAAAAAUGGAACCCAUAACCAGGAUAUCACAGAUACCUAGUAGCAGAUGGGCACUGAUAUGUAAUAUAUGUCGAGAGAGAACAGGAGCCUGUAUCCAGUGUUGUGUGAAGACGUGCAAGACGGCGUACCAUGUGACAUGUGGCUUUCAACACAAUCUAGAAAUGAAAACCUACUUGGAUGACUGUUCUGAUGUCAAAUUCAAGUCAUUCUGUAUGCGGCAUACUAAACGAAGACUGCAGGGUGAACUAGAUGUUACUGAUUCACCAAUAAAAUCAACUCCAAAAAAAGAAAAGACACAGGAACAAGAAGCAAAUGAAAGAGCACUUAGGAUACAACAGCUGGAGGAUGAAUUCUAUAAGCAAGUGAAAUUCAAAGAAGUUGCCAAUGCCUUGAGUAUGGAAAGUAAUAAAAUUGCUGUAGAUAUGUCUAACUUCAAUAGGCCAUUACUGUCACCAAAGAAGGAGGAUAGUGGAACAAUGUCACAGGCCGAGGAAGACAGCUUAGUCGCAAGGAUGAGAAUGUUUGUGCAUCUCAGGCAAGACUUGGAAAGGGUGAGAAACUUGUGUUACAUGGUUCAACGGCGUGAAAAACUCAGUAGGACAUACAACAGACUGCGAGAACAAAUAUUUCAUCGGCAGACUGAUAUGUUGGAUAAUGACGCAUAUUGCAGUGCGGAGGAUUUGGCGUGGAUUGACACAGCAAUACAGAGAAGUGAAAAAGAAAUAGUGACUGUUAUUAAAACAGACAAUAUAGAAAUGGAACACACUUCUGAAAACAAUAGCCAUGCUGACAGUGAUACUAGUCGGACAUGCAACAGUAACCUUUCAUAUCAAUCCAGUAAUCGUUCAAACUCGCGGAGGAGGCGAGGCAAAAGAUGGAAUAGAAGGCAUAGGUAUUCUUCGUCAUCAUCGUCCAGUUUGUCUAGCUUGCAAAAGACAAGUAGUCAAUCCACACUCAAAGAAAGCAUUUCUCUUGACAUCCAAGCAGAAGUGGACAAAGGUGGUAAUACAAAUAACAAUGCUAUUGUCAUUAAUAACGAAACAGACUCAUUGUUGAGUAACAAUGUUUCUGAAAGGCAACUGAAGGAAAACAGGACGGUAAAAUGUGACAUGAAACGCGAAUCCGAAAAUAAAAAAGAUGAGAAUACGAAUUGCAAGAGACAUCGCUCUAAUGGCAAAUAUAGAAGCCUGUCGCAGAGAAGGAUGGCUAAUUUCUUCUCAAAAGGAAAUCUUACUAUUGAUCUCGAUUCUCCACCUCAGAGUAGGAGGCGAGCUGGCAACAAUAGGACUUCAAGGAAAGAUAGGGCAUCAUUAAAAAGAACAGAAAUAUCCCCUAGACAGGAAAGUAUGCGAGAUGAAGCAGCGAAAGUACGAGAGUCACUUUUCGCAAUGCAAAGCAGUCCCAUGGGAAGUCUGAGUGGAUACAGAAUCCCAAAAAAAACGGCCGUAAGUCCAGCUGAUAUUUUGAAAAGCAAAGCAAUGUCAACGGCCAAAGGUUAUAACGAAAGUAGUAAUGAUAGUUUUACGUAUACACUAGAGACAAGAAGUACAAGAAGACGAAUUAAAAAUGAGCUGGAUAGGGAUAGUAACUCGACUGAUCGACAGUUUGAAAAUGUUGAUGAUGAAAUAAGUAUAUGCCGGUCCAGUCGUGAACCGAGUCCCACUGUUGAACUGGAUGACAUUGAGAAACCAGUGAUUGACAGUGAAAGUAGCAUUGAUGUACAGUCAAGUUCAAGUGGAAGCCAAUAUGAUUCAGAUUCUGAAAAUAGUAGUAGUAGUGAUGAACACAGUGGACCGGUAACCCGUCGAAGGAAUGAGUUGUCAUCCAGUGGAAAAUAUCAGUUUCGUUCUCGAUUAAAUGACGGUGUUGGCAAACUUUGGAGCACUGCCACAGGUUUGUGAGGCAGUAUAAUAUUAGUCAGUUCAAUUAGCUUCUCGUAAAAAACAGUUUUUGGAUUUGAACUUCUAUUAAUAUUUUCUGUGUUUUUUGUUUUGUUAUAAACAUCCUUGAUAGGUGUGCGAUAGACGCAUUUAGUAAUUCUGUGGGUUUUCACUGCCAACGUUGAAAGGCAUUUACAUUGGGUUUGACAAUCAAGUCAUGUUGUAGUCUAAUGACAAUUCUGUUAUUUCUAUUUUAAGAGAUUCUAGUUAACCCCUUGAGCACCAAAGUCAACUUUUGUCACUUUUCACAAAAUUAACUGGUGUAAUUUAUUCCAAUUUGAUCUAUGGACAAUUAUGUCAAUUUGGUCCAAAAUUUAAAAACAAAGUAAAGAAAAAUAUGCAAAAUAUAUUGCACCAAUUUUGUGUGUGGAAAAAAUGACUACAUACAAAGGGCUGAAAACAGGUUCUCUGUUUAUUUACAUCGCUUGUAUUGGCAUUUGUCAUUGUGGCAGGGUGCUUGUAUUAGUAUUUGUUUAGAAGGGGCGGGGUCAUGUUUAAAUUUCCUUCAGAUUUGAAGAUGCCAUCACAUUUUCUACAGUUGUUGACUGCUUGUAUUCAUUGCUGCUGGUGUAUAAAGUGUUUUCAAUAAAAACUGUAGUAUGCGGCUAACAAUUGGAAUUUGGUGUAAAUAAAACAUGUGGUCUUGGUGACCAAUGUUCUUUGAGGCAUUGCAAAUUUGAGGAUUAUGUUUUGAACGUAAAGCAUUUCAUUUUAAAGUUAUUAAAAUUUAAAAGUUUGUAUUGGC